GUGGUGACAAUGCCAGAGUAUCUGAAGAAGCGUUUUGGUGGAAAACGGAUUCAGGUCUACCUGUCAGUCCUUUCUCUGAUCUUGUAUGUUUUCACAAAGAUCUCAGCAGACAUAUUCUCUGGAGCUGUAUUUAUACAGCUGGCCAUAGGGCUGAAUCUUUAUUUGGCCAUAAUUAUCCUGCUUGCUAUUACUGCUCUUUACACAAUCACAGGUGGCCUUGCAGCUGUGAUUUACACAGACACCUUACAAACAUUUAUCAUGGUAGUGGGAUCCUUUAUUCUUAUGGGAUUUGCAUUUGCUGAAGUAGGAGGGUAUGAUACUUUCAUGCGGAAGUACAUGGAAGCAAUUCCAUCCAAUAUCUCCUAUGGGAAUACUACGAUUAAUGCAGAAUGCUACACUCCUCGGAAAGAUUCCUUUCACAUCUUCCGAGAUGCCGUCACUGGAGAUCUGCCGUGGCCAGGGCUCGUCUUUGGUUUGACCAUCAUUGCUUUGUGGUACUGGUGCACGGAUCAGGUUAUUGUCCAAAGAUGUCUCUCUGGCAAGAACAUGUCCCAUGUGAAGGCUGGUUGUAUCAUGUGUGGAUACCUGAAACUCUUGCCCAUGUUUAUUAUAGUGAUGCCUGGAAUGAUCAGCCGAAUUUUGUAUACAGAUGUGGUGGCUUGUGUUGUGCCUGAAGUCUGCCAGCAGUACUGUGGCACCGCAGUUGGCUGUACAAAUAUCGCUUAUCCAAAAAUGGUAGUGGAGCUUAUGCCAAAUGGUCUGCGGGGUCUGAUGUUGUCAGUCAUGUUGGCCUCCCUUAUGAGCUCCCUGACCUCCAUUUUUAACAGUGCUAGUACGCUGUUCACUAUGGACAUUUACACCAAAAUUCGAUCACGACCAUCUGAGAAAGAGCUUAUGAUAGCUGGCAGGGCAUUUAUGUUACUUUUAAUUGGCAUUAGCAUUGCCUGGGUUCCUGUGGUGCAGUCAGCUCAAAGUGGGCAGCUCUUCGAUUAUAUUCAGUCAAUUACUAGCUACCUGGGACCUCCCAUUGCUGCUGUCUUCCUGCUUGCCGUCUUCUGCAAGCGGGUCAACGAGCAGGGUGCCUUCUGGGGCCUGAUGGUUGGACUGCUAGCUGGACUCAGUAGAAUGAUUGCAGAGUUUGCCUAUGGAACUGGCAGCUGUGUGACCCCUUCCAACUGCCCAUUCAUCAUCUGUGGGAUUCACUACCUUUACUUUGCAAUGAUUCUUUUUGGGGUUUCCACCAUUGUCAUUCUGGCAGUGUCCUUCAUGACUAAGCCCAUUCCUGAUGUACAUCUUUACCGCUUGUGCUGGUCUUUGCGGAACAGCAAAGAAGAACGUAUUGAUCUUGACGCAGAUGAGGAGCAGGGCAAAGCUGAUGAAAAAGAUGAGGAAUCAGGUAAGUUUAACGAGGAAAGUAAAGAAGAACCAGGAUGCCUUAAGAAAGCAUACAACUGGUUCUGUGGCUUAGAUCAACAAAAAGGACCCAAACUGAGCAAGGAGGAAGAGGAAGCAUUGAAGAAGAAACUGACUGACACAAGCGAAGUGCCACUUUGGAGAAAUGUUGUGAAUAUCAAUGGCAUCAUCCUAUUGACUGUGGCUGUAUUUUGCCAUGCCUUCUUUGCAUAA